AUGACGGCAGACCAGCCGAUGGACGAUGCAAUUAUUGUCGGCAUCGACUUUGGAACGACAUACUCAGGAGUAGCAUGGGCCUACUCCAAGGAGCCUGAUGAAAUCGAGCUCGUUACAAGCUGGGAAGCCGAACUCAACCAUUGCUCAGAUGUUGAGAAGGCACCAACCCAGCUGCUUUACAGUAGCGAAAGAGACACCUCAUGGGGCUAUUCCAUACCCGCUGACGAAGAUGCCCUCCGGUGGUUCAAGCUUCUGCUCCUGGACGAAGGUGAUAUUCCCCCUGACGUAUCAAAUUCUUCCCAGCUUCAACACGCCAGAAAGCUACUGGGAGAAUUGAAGAAAGACCCCGUUGAUGUCAUCGGGUGCUUCCUGCGGAAGAUCUGGAAUCACACGAUCGAUUCCAUUCGCCGUAGCAUUGGAGCAGAACUGCUACAGAAGUCGCGAUUCUAUGUUGUGAUCACACUUCCCGCGAUCUGGCCUCCUUAUGCACAGCAACGCAUGAAGCAGGCUGCCAGAAUCUCCGGCAUUCUUGAUGCUAGACCCUGUGGCGAUACUACACUUCGUUUCAUAUCCGAGCCGGAAGCGGCAGCCCUGGCUACUAUCAAGGAUCUUUCGAAGAGAUCAACUAUGAAGGUCGGAGAUACUAUGGUGAUCUGCGAUGCUGGGGGAGGCACGGUGGACUUGAUCAGCUAUGUGGUCGAAUCUACCGAUCCAUUCGUGGUCAAAGAAUGUGUCAGGGGUGACGGUGGUCUCUGCGGAGGUGUUUUUCUUGACGAAAACUUUCUAGAGCUCAUCAAGAGAAAGGUCGGUCCAGCUUCGUGGCAAAGCGUGAGUGUCGCAGAGCAAAAGAAGUUUCUCAACGAUGGGUGGGAACAUGGUAUCAAGCCCCAGUUCUCAAACCAGAACAGGACUUGGCUGGUCGAUCUGCCAGACAGCUGUGGAGGUCCAGCUUCCAACAGCAAGCUCAAACGACGAAGGACACUCGAGCUCAGCUCGUAUGACAUCCGUUCUGUCUACACUCCUAUCAUUGCCAAAAUCGAAGCACUGGUCAAACGCCAGACUGAAGCCAUUCAGUCAAAGUAUGGUCAAAGAGCAACUUAUAUCAUACUUGUGGGUGGGUUCGGUCGUAGCUCCUACCUAUUCAACAAUUUACAAUCUACCUUUGGAACUACCGUUCUACAGUCGCGCGGGAAUAAACCAUGGACUGCCAUCUGUCGGGGUGCUGUUGUUCGCGGCAUUAAUGGCCACGGUGUCUCGACCGGUCUUAGGGUGCAAAUUGGUUCUCGGGUUGCCAGGAAGAGCUAUGGAAUCUACUUCACUGAGGAGUUUGACGAAAAGAAACAUCUUCAGCACCAUAAGUUCUGGAGUGAAAACUACCAGAAAUGGUACGCCAACAAUCAGAUGAAAUGGUUUCUGAAGGAGGGAGACAACAUGUUGACUCAACAGCCAGUCCGGAGAUCAUACCAGCGGCUGUACUCUGGACACAUCGGUCAAGUCGACCAAGCAAUCUACACUUGCACUGAGUUUCCACCUCCUGAGACCUUUGGGUCGACUGUAAAGAAGCUGUGCAACAUCCAGUGGACACGCGAUAUCAACAUCGAGUCGCUGCCAACCUACACCAACUGUCUUGGGAAAGUAUUUCACAAGCUUAGCUUCGAUGUCGAAAUGACUUGCGAGGACGGAAUCGUGGACUUCACUGUCUACUUCGAGGGUAAACGCGUUGGCGCUCACAACGUCGAAGUGCAGUUUCGGUAA